AUGCGUUUCCAACAAGUGAUCGGAUCGCUUGCAGCGUUCGCCUCUUUCGUCGCUGCUGUUGAUCUUACUGGCUACGAAUAUGUCGUUGUCGGCUCCGGUGCUGGUGGAGGUCCCCUAGCCGCUCGUCUUGCUCUCGCUGGCCACAAGACUCUGCUCAUCGAAGCUGGAGACGAUCAGGGCGCCAAUGUCAACUAUACUGUUCCCUCCUACAACGCCAAGGUCUCGGAGGAUCCCAAUCUGGCAUGGAACUUCUUUGUCAAGCACUACGCUGACGAGGAGCGUCAAGCUCGUGACUUCAAGACUUCUUACCAGACCCCCGAUGGCGGUAUUUACACUGGUCUCGACCCUCCAGCCGGUUCCGAGAUGAAGGGUACCCUGUAUCCUCGUACCGGUACUCUGGGAGGCUGCACCGCCCACAAUGCUCUUAUUGCCGUAUACCCCCAUCGCUCGGACUUUGACAACAUUGCUACCAUUACUGGUGAUGCAUCAUGGUCCGCCGAUAACAUGCGCAAGUACUUCACAAAGCUCGAGAACAACCACUACUUGCUUCCCGGCCAGCAGGGCCAUGGCUACAACGGCUGGCUCGGAACAUCCUACGCUCCCAUCGACAUUGUCCUCACCGACCCUAAGCUUCUCAGCAUUGUGACUGGCGCGACCUUUGCGCUCGGCAACCAGACCAAUGCCAUCCUCAACCUCGCCUCCCUUGUCGCUGGUGAUGCCAACUCGGCCUCUGCCAAGCGUGAUAGCCAGCCCUCCAUCUUCCAGAUUCCUUUGUCGACCGUCGAUGGCAAGCGCGGUGGCUCCAGAGAAUUCGUUGUUGCUGUUCGUGAUGCUAAGACCGCGAGUGGCGCAAAGGCAUACCCUCUUGAUGUCAGAACCAACUGCCACGUUACCAAGAUCACUUUCGACCAGUCUACCACGCCUCCUCGCGCCACUGGCGUCGAGUUCCUUGACGGUCAGUAUCUCUACAAAGCCAGCCCCAAGAACAGCGGCAAUGCUGGUGUCGCUGGGUCUGUGACUGCUUCCCGCGAGGUCAUCAUCUCCGGCGGGACAUACAACUCUCCCCAGUUGCUCAAGCUGAGUGGUGUGGGUCCAGCCGACGAGCUGAGCCAGUUUGACAUUCCCGUUAUCGUCGAUCUGCCCGGUGUAGGCACCAACCUGCAAGACCACUACGAGAUCAACGUUCAGGGCAAAGCUCCCUCUGACUUCUCCGCCCUGAACGGCUGUACUUUCGACGGCAGUGACCAAGAUCAAUGCCUGAAGCGCUACAACGCACCCAUCCUCGGCAACCGUGGCAUCUACUCCUCCCCCGGUCUCGGCGCCGCCAUGUUCUACAAGUCCAGCGUCGCCGAGCACAAUGAAUUCGACGUCUUCGUCUUCGGCGGGCCCGUCAACUUCCGCGGCUACUUCCCUGGCUACAGCGUCAACGCUACCGCCGAGCACGACUGGUUCACCUGGGCAAUCCUCAAGGCUCAUCCCCGCAACAACGCAGGAACCAUCAAGCUCCGCUCUGCAGACCCCCUCGAUACCCCCGAAAUCACCUACAACUACUUUGACACCGGUGUCGGUGACUACGAUGCAGAUCUCACCGCCCUCAACGAGGCCGUCCACCUCGCCCGUGACUCGUUCAAGCGCCAGCUCGUCAAGAUCGACGAAGUGCUCCCCGGCAAGGACGUCACCACCAGGGAAGGCAUCUCUCAGUAUGCAAAGGACACCGCCUGGGGCCACCACGCCUCGUCAUCGUGCCCCAUCGGAGCCGACGGCGACAAGAUGGCUGUCCUCGACUCGAGCUUCAGGGUCCGUGGCACUGCUGGUCUGCGCGUCGUCGAUGCUUCCGUGUUCCCAAAGAUUCCCGGCACUUUCACCGCCGUGUCGACAUACAUGAUCGCUGAGAAGGCGGCUGAUGUUAUCUUGCAGCAGCUUAGCCAGCAAUAG